AUGGGUGACACGCCAGCGCCUGUGCAAGCCACACCAAUUCACGUCGCGUUCAACAUACCAUCGGCUGAGCGUGGUCCCGAUGCUGCGACCAAUCAUCCAACCAAAUCAAGCACGUCGCCAACAGAAGGCGCUGGUCGCAGUCACGCUGGAGACGUCGACACAGGCUUCCUCCAGAUCUACGGACCUGAGAACCAGCUCGAAGCAGAGCAGCAGGAACUUGUCGCGAAUCUUGAGCUUCGCAAUCCGGCAUCAGACCCUCGACAACAGGAGCUGCAACAAAGCUUCUCAGAAACAUACUUUGAGUAUUGCUACCCAUGGUGCCCUGUCCUCGAUCCCGACACGCUCGACUCUGAACUUGGGCGAUCGCCUAUGCUUGCGAAUGCACUUGCGCUUGCUGCGAGUCACAUUCAACCGCCUUUGAUACCCCACCAAGGUCCAGCUGCGUAUUACGAGAAAGCGCGCAUGAUGUUUUAUAUGGAUGAGGAGCCGGAUAUACUCACGUCUCUCAAGGCUGUGUCUCUGUUCUACUGGUGGGCACCUCGCUCGCCAUCGACAGCACAUCGGCAUGCAAGCUGGUGGUGGACUUCAGUCAUAAUUAGGCAUGCGCAGCAGAUGAACAUUCACCGCGAGCCGAAGCAAGAGAGCGUGGCCUCAAGCGCACUUCAUCUGAGUUUGCGACGGCGGUUAUGGUGGACUGUCUUUGCACGAGAGCGAUUGACGUCUCUUUGUCAAAGCAAGCCCUGCAUCAUCAACCCCGAAGACAUGACGAUCCAAGAAGUGCAACAAUCGGAUUUCCCAAGCGAUCCCGCGUCACAGAAGAAAGGUCGAAUAUUUAAAUACUGGGUUCGUCUUGCCGGUAUAAUGGGCAAGGUUUCCAAAGCACUAUCCAAGUCAGUGGACUCGUCUCCGGAAACGGCCACAUUCCCUACGGAGCUUAGACAGGAGCUCGUCGGAUGGGUUCAGUCGCUACCUCCGGAUCUUCAACUACCGAUCGGCUCCAGUCGAACAGAAGGUUUUGACAGAGAUGUCCAUCAAUUGCAUCUCCCGUACCUGACAACGAUCAUUGUGAUGCAUUUACAGAGAACGACACCAGACUUGCCUCAAGCUCUACCGCCUGCGAUAUUAGCUGCUUCAUGCAUCGCAAGAAUUCUCAGAGAUAUUCUGUCGCGUGGAAAUGCCCGAUUUCUCAUGGCGAUUACCUGCUGGUACAGCGGUACAGCCUUCAUCGCGUUAUUACAAGCAAGUCGGAUCAAGCAGUUCUCUCAAGAAGCAGAAGAGGGAUUAGACAUUCUGGACCAAGCAGUAGGCCAACUCCAGCAAAUGUGGGCUUCUGCAAAUGUUAUCAGACAAGGCUUCGAACGACUGCGCGCGCUGCCUAGGUCUAUGAUGCACGCUGGUAAAGGCAGAGCGGCAGGGUCUAAUGGCUCUGGGGACGCACCGUCGAAUAACUUUGACUGGAAGCUUCUGUUUCCGUUUGUGACCAGAUCUACGAGUCGAAUUGCGGACUGUUUGCUGGCUGAUGAUGAGUUUGGGACUACGGCGACUGCGUUGCCCUCGCCGGAGAACGCAGUGUUUCAUGAGGACCUGCUCAAUCGUUAUCAUGACUUGCUUGAGCCGUUUGUUGAUUACAAUUUUGACUUCUCAAAUAUUAAUCUUGAUAUCCUAUAG